AACCACCUCAAAAAUGACUUUUAUGUUGUGUCAGAUACUGGAGUACACUUAAACAUAAAUUGUGUGUGUGUGUGCACGCACAUACAGGUUAUAGUCCAGAGGUCUCUGUCAGCCAAGUCUUUGUCUCAUGCCAAAGCGGGAAGUGUGUUGGCAGGCUACCUCAAACUGCUGCCCAUGUUCUUCAUUGUCAUGCCAGGCAUGAUCAGCCGAGCACUGUUCCCAGAUGAAGUAGGUUGUGUGGAUCCAGAAGUGUGUCUGAGUGUGUGUGGAGCUUCAGUUGGCUGCUCCAACAUCGCCUACCCUAAACUUGUGGUGGAACUAAUGCCUGUGGGUCUUCGUGGUUUAAUGAUAGCAGUGAUGUUAGCUGCUUUGAUGUCAUCUCUGACCUCCAUCUUUAACAGCAGCUCUACUCUGUUUACACUGGAUCUUUACCACAAAGCCAGACCUAAAGCAUCAGAGAGAGAACUCAUGAUUGUUGGAAGGGUGUUCAUCCUGGUCAUGGUAUGUGUUAGUCUGUUGUGGAUUCCAGUAAUCCAAACAGCCAAUAGCGGACAGCUGUUUGAUUAUAUCCAGUCAGUGACCAGCUUUCUGGCUCCGCCUAUUACCGCUGUAUUCCUAAUGGCUGUCUUCUGGUCACGUACCAACGAACAGGGUGCAUUCUGGGGUCUGAUGACUGGACUAGUGGUGGGACUGAUCCGAAUGGUUCUGGAGUUCUCCUAUGUAAUUCCUUCCUGUGGUCAGCCUGAUCAUCGACCUGCUAUCCUCACUGAUGUCCACUACCUGUACUUUGCUCUCAUCCUAUUGGCUCUCACCUGCCUUAUCAUUGUUGUUGUCAGCUUGGCCACUGCCCCAAUAUCUGAAGAACAUCUGUACAGGCUGACCUGGUGGUCCAGAUAUAGCCAGGAGCCUCGGCUUGACCUUGCAGGUCACCAGAUGACCUCUGACCCAGUCAACUCUGACCUCAGCCCUGAUUCUGACCACUUGCCAGAUUCGUGGUGGCAGAGAGCUGCUCUGUGGCUCUGUGGUUUGACUGGUUCAUACUCUGGCUCUGUAUCUCCAGUAAUUGAAAACAGUGAACUGAACUCCCUAAAGGAGAAGCCAUUCUGGAGGAGAGUCUGCAACGUUAAUGCCCUGCUGCUAGUGACUGUUAAUGUGUUUCUUUGGGGAUACUUUGCCUAAUGUGCAGGUUGACAUCCUGAAAUUGUUUGUAAUAGGCAAAGUACAGGACUGGUAUUUGGUCUUUUAUUGAAAAAUGUGAAGUGAAAUAAUAUGCUAAACCAAUCAGCUACUGUGCUGGAUAUGUAUAUUCUAUUCAACCACAGGCUGUUGCUUGUAAUACGUCAGGAAAGAAAUGGGUGUCUAAUAGUGAUCAUACAUAAUUUAACCACACACAUGGUCUGUGUUCUACAAGGAGGAUGUUCUACCUGCGUGGUAUUCAUGAAAUUAUUCAGACUCCAACUGCAGAUAUAAAAGUGUAGGCAAUAAAUAAGAUAUUUCAUUGCAACUCACUUUAUAAAUUACAGAUAUUUAUUUCUCUAUAGGCCACCCAGAUGCAGAGCGUUUCGCCCACCAGACUUUGUUUACUUGUUCAGAGCCAGAACCGGUGCUGUGUGUGUGUGUGUGUGUGUGUGUG